UACUGUUCACGCGAGUUUGCUGGUCAGAGGACUACUCCAACACACUCACAGUUUGUUGAAUUGCUAUAUAGCCCUCGUCAACAAAGUCGUUCGAUAAACUCAAGGGUGAACAGCACAGAAAUUAGUUUCAAAGACAUGAAAUUGCGGUUCCACCAAUGUCUUUUCUGGCUCGUUCUCAGUUGCACUGUUCUUGACGUUACUUCUUUGGAGGACGUACUUUCCGAGUCAAACUUUGACGACUUUUUGGAACCUUUGAAGAAUUUGUUUACUUUGCAAGAUGCUAAUGGUCCACAAGUCAAAUUUUCUCUGCGAAAACCAAACCAGCCAGAUGAUGAUAACUGCUAUAUUGUUCCUGGCAAGCCAGAGUCCUUGUCUGAUUGCACUUUUAAUUCAACCGCCAAAACCUUCUUGGUGAUUCAUGGAUGGACGGUGAGCGGACUGUUUGAGAGCUGGGUGGCAAAGUUGGUGGCUGCACUUUAUGAUAGGGAGCAGAGUGCUAAUGUCAUAGUUGUGGACUGGCUCAGCACAGCCCAAAAUCACUAUGUCAUCGCUGCACAAAACACCAAGAGUAUUGGAAAAGGGAUUGCUCAGUUCAUUGACUGGAUGGAGGAGACAACGAAUAUUCCACUGGAAAACGUUCACCUUAUUGGCUACAGUCUUGGUGCUCAUGUUGCAGGAUUCGCUGGAAGUCAUACCUCCAACAAGGUUGGACGAAUCACUGGUCUUGACCCCGCAGGGCCAGACUUUGAAGGGGUUCAUGCCCACAGACGUCUCUCACCCGAUGAUGCCCAUUUUGUUGAUGUUCUCCACACUUUCACUCGUGGCACGCUCGGUCUGAGCAUUGGCAUCGAACAGCCCGUGGGCCACGUUGACAUUUAUCCCAAUGGGGGAGCCUUUCAGCCUGGCUGUAACCUGAGGGGUGCCCUUGAGAAAAUAGCCAAAUUUGGCAUACUGGCCAUGAACGAUGCCAUUAGAUGUGAACAUGAGCGAUCCAUCCACCUGUUCAUUGACUCCCUUCUGAACGAACAAGAGGCCAGCACAGCGUAUAGCUGUGGAAGCAGUGAUAUGUUUGACCGUGGGAUGUGCCUCAAGUGUCAUAAAAAUAGUUGUAACACCAUUGGCUAUGAUGCUACCAAAGUCCGCAAAGCCCGCAGUGUCAAAAUGUUCACAAAGACCCGUUCCUCCAUGCCUUUUAGAGUGUAUCACUAUCAACUGAAAAUUCAUUUCUCAAGUAAGAUCAACCAAUCCGAGUUGGACCCUUCCCUCUCCGUUUCCCUCUACGGUACAAAAGGAGAUGCUGAGAACCUCCCUCUUAAUGUGAUGGAGAAGAUUGCUGCCAAUAAGACGCAAUCUUUUCUUCUGGUGACCGAGAAGGACAUUGGGGACCUUCUGAUGCUCAAGUUCAGCUGGGAGGAGUCCACCAGCUGGUCUGCAUCCUCACUCCUCCAGAUGGUGUCAUCGUGGUGGUCCGGUGACUCAGCCACCCCCAGCGUAGAUGUCCACAAGAUUCGAGUCAGAGUCGGAGAGACACAAAAAAAGAUUGUUCUUUGUGUAAAAGAUCCCAAAGCAGUAAACACGGCCCAAGAAGUUACAUUUGUCAAAUGCAAAGAUGAGUGGAGAGGCUCAUCACGAAAGAAGACUCUAAAGAGCCACUGAAAGUUCCCAAAAGGAGGAUUCAGGUGUUGCUAGAGAAACGUUCUCAUUAAAGAUGCAGUCUGCGAUUUGGUUUGAGCUUCCUGAAAGGAUUUGGAUAUUAGAGCUCAACAACCAAUCAGAUUACACCACUCCCUACUGUACUCCUUAUGCACCAUUUUGAUUGGCUGGGAUUAUUUAUGACUCGGUUCGAGCCACGAUGUUUGAUUCCCAUUGACCGGGGCAGCACAUGAGUUAUUUGUUUUUGCACAAGAACUGAACGGACCUACGAGGGGACUGUGAGGAACAAUUCACAGAAUUUGACUAAACGUUUAUGGGACUAUAAUCGCGGACUGCACCUUUAAUAGUCAUACAUUUAUUUAUGAUGCUGUUAUUUAUUUAUUUUUAUUCUGCAAAGCAAAAGCAAAUACAUACUGUAUUACAUCCUAAUCUCAUUGUGUUGUUUAUAGAAUGUACAGCAGUUGCUACUAUUUAAAAAAAAAGUGAAAGCGUGUUACAAGCACUGCCUUUGUGACAGACGGCCAGGUACAAUGAACACAUUAUAUAUUGCUUUAAUUCUAUUUUUUUAAUCCAAAUCUCUGGUUAGUUUAUAUAAAUUUAUAAAAUAAGUAUGCACCAAUUUAUAUAUCACCAAAUGUAUGGAUGUGUGAUUUUUUUAUGUAGUUGUCAACUAGGACAUCUGAUUAAAUUACACACACAUUUAUUCCAAAGCACUUGUGCAGGUGCUAUAUUUUUUAAGCCUGUGAAUAAAUGUUAAACUCUACAGUACGUUGCCAAAUAUAGAAUGCAAAUCUCAUCAAAUAUUAUUGAGUUUUCUCAGUAAAACGUAACUUUUCUGCCCAGGGAAUUCUUCUGAACCCAUUUUCAGAGAGCAAAUCAUUAGACAGUUUCCCUAAUUGCCUUAUAAUACAACACGGUAAUACUUGGCAGAUAAAUGUCAUUAUCCAUAAAGUAUGAUGUCUGUACAGUAUACAUGUCUAAUCACUGUAAACUCAUGUUGUAGUCUCAUGUCAUGUUAAGUGUUACGCAGUACUUGUAACUAUGUACAUAAAUGUUUUAAUAGUAUUAUUUGGAAUGCUUCUAUAAAGUGUUUCAGUACUGUAACCGUUAUAUUCUUAGUUCCACUCAAUCAAUGAUACAAACAGAACAUGCAUUGCACUUUAAAACCUAGGUGUACGUUAGAUGACGUUAGAACGAAUAGAUGUAUUUUUAUUGUUCAAGAGGGUCAAUGACCUGCUGGUAACUGGUUUACAUGGUACAGAAUAUUAAUGCAUAUUUAUGUGUUUUUUUAUUGUUUUAUUUUUGGUAUUCAUAAAAAUAUGAAAACAUUAACCAUUUUGAUGCACAUACUGUAUACAUAAUGUAAAUAGAGAUACUGUAAUAAACUAACUUUUCUGUAUCUAAAUCUAAA